CUGCGAAUCUAUGCGAGUAUCGAUGGAAAGGCAAGUUUGCAAACAAAAAACAGUACAAGCGAAUGCUAUAACGUACUGAAUGCGGAAAUAGGAGAAAAGGCUGUACAAAAAUGCGAGAGAUAGAUCCUACAGAGGUGAAAUGCAACUUGCAAGGAAAUCGUAUAGUCGACUUGGCAUUUAUGUCUAAAAAUAUGAAUUGCACUAUGUGUAAUACAAGGCUGGAUUUACAAUAUAUUGAGCAAGAGACUAUAAAAGGUGCAGCUUCAAUUUUUAGUAUUAGAUAUCAUUACUGCUUGCUUGUGAAUACGCUGAAAACUGGAAAUGAAUACACAAAUCCAGUCACUGGGAAAAGUGUAUUCGCCAUCAAUACCAAACUUGCAUUAACUGCCAUUCAUAGUGGCGUCGGUGAGACUCAUAUUACCAAGUUUUUCAAUGUAUUGGAUUUGCCAACAGUUGAUUCACAUACUUUUAAAACUCAUGAAAGAAUUAUUGGACCUAUUGUAGAAGCUGUGGCAAAAGAAAGUUUCACAGAGGCAACUGCCAUGGAACGGUUACUUACUGUUGAAAGCAUAGAAGAAUUAAAGAAGUUGUUACCAGAAGAAUUGCAAGAAGGGUACUUGAUUGUUAAUGUUGAUAAUAAUGGUAGCAGCAUUGUCAGAGUUUUUGCAUCAUUUGACAUGGGCUGGGGUCAGAGAGGAAAUGGUCACACGUAUGAUAGUCUGAAUGGUUACUGUGCUCUAAUAGGCUUGAAAACUGGAAAGGUUCUAGACUAUUGCACGAGGAAUCGUAAAUGCCACUAUUGUGACUCCGAGCUUUACACAGGAAAGAAGGUGCUGCAUGAUUGCAGAAAAAAUUUCAAGGGCAGUGCAUUAAUGUAUUUUCAAUUCAACUAA